AUGGUAUUCCUUGGUAGUAUUCAAAAGGCUCUUGAUCUCUCAGACUUUGGUCUUGAGAAAAUCACAGAUACUCCCCUAGCCUGCGAUGCUGUUGUUGGAGCAAUACGUGCCUGCCGGGGAAUGGUUGGCUUGCCUACCGACUACGAGUCAACAGAAGAACCUGCUAGGUCUAGAGACAAGUUGUUCAGAGAGCGGAUUCUGACAGACUGCUAUUUCCGUAAAACAAGAGGAUAUCAGCAGUGGAAGAACGGAUGCUCCAGUCUGUGCGAGCAGCCAACUGACACGUUUCAUGGAGGCCAUGCUCAAUGUUUCUUUACUCUGGCGGACGGUCGUUUCAGCCUUGCCAAUUUCGAAUGCUCUACACAAGACGCCGUGUUCGCGACAGUUGGUGGUCUAUCUGUAUAUCUAGUCCUGCGACCGUGCGAAACAAGUCAGACGUGGGCCGAUGUAGAAGAAUGGGAAUUGAGAGGGCCUUGCGAGCUCUGGGACUUUAAUGGAGACGACAACAAUGAGCCUCUCCAGGGAGAUGUAUGCUCAAUCACGUUAGUGUAG